AUGAAUAUUGAAAUGGCGACCCCACUUCAGGAACUCGCUGCUUCUACCCCUACGCAACGCAACUGGCGUGGGAUCCUCAUCGCAUUACUGGUCAUAGCGGCAGUCCUCGGUCUGAUAGUCUUCAGCAUCGCCCUUCUAACACCAGCCACUGAUGGCAGCAGAGUCAGGGGCAGACGACCGACCCUGCAGGAUGUACUCACCGAACACUACAAGCCAUUCAACGGCACUUGGCUCACGGUGCGCAGUUCAAUGCCCCCCGCUCGAAUGUCAGAGCGAACGGCGGCCAUUGACUUUGUAGCUUAUUUAAUCCGAGAUAUUUACUCUCGUAGGAUUUGA